CACUUCAGCAUCCAGAGUCUAUGAUCAACAGCUUUCAUCAUGGAAGAUCCAGUGUCUGAAAUCCCCAACGUUAUUCGGCUUCUGACCCAUUCGCCCCCCUCAGAACAGGAGAAAACGGUCGAGCAAUUCUUCACCACCAAUGCAGCCUUUACACACCCCUUCUGUCGAGUCUGUAGCUUCCCCGGAAGCCGAUGGUUCCUCCUCAAGAUCUUCCAGUGGUAUAAGAUCAUGUCACCGCGUAUCGAGACAGACAUCCACUCUAUCGCAUUCGACGAGCAGAAUCUCAAGUUAUACGUCACACUCUCCCAGAUCUUCUCGAUAUGGAUCGUUCCCUUCCACGUCAGCCCCGUCACACUGACCACCGUCUUGACUCUGACGACUGGGCAGGAUGGAGCCUCUCAGUCCCUGCCAAACGGAGAGAAACGACUCUACUACAUUGCUCGACAAGAUGAUCUAUACAGUACUUCCGAGUGGAUCAAGUUCCUUAUUCCACACAUCGGCCAUUGGCUCGUGAUGAUCGGACAGCUCUUUGCCACCAUCUUUUGUGUGAUGGGCGUGUUUGUCUUAUAUCCGGUGAUGUGGUUAGAGGAGAAGAAGGUGAUUCCCGAUCGGUUCCUCAAGAAAGGGAACCUCGUAUACAAUAUUGAGCGGAAAAUCCCAGAGAUGAAAAAGGGGAAAUAAUUACCAAUUCAUGAUUGACAAUUGAUUAUUUGCUGC